AUGGCAGCCGUGGUUCAUCCAGGAGCGUUCACAGAGAGGGAGCUGGAGAGGCGACCCAUCAUGGGAGUCACCAUGCCCAAUCCUGAAGAAGAGCCGCCGGCCUGGUCCGAGCUAGACGAGAGCCUACGUGCUGCGCUGCGCUUCCUCGCGUACGAGUGCGUGGAUCCGGGGCCAGUUCCUGAGGGGCCCGCCUUGCUACCGCGGCAGGAGUGUGCGGGAGAGUCUGUGCAGCGCAUGACGGUGGUUUUGGACCUGGAUGAGACUUUGUCGCACUGCCGCCUGGAGCCGCUGGAGAAGUUCAAGCCGGACUUCUGCGUACAGUUCGAAGAGUCCAAGGCUACAGGCUACGUGUACGUGCGGCCCCACGCCCGGCUAUUCCUGGAGGUGGCGGCGCGGCUCUUCGAGGUGGUGGUCUUCACUGCCUCUUCAAAAGGCUACGCAGAUCAGGUGCUUGAUCAGCUCGAUCCAGAGAGAAAGCGCAUCUCAACCCGACUCUAUCGUCAACACUGUGUGGAACGGUCAGGCGCCUUCCUCAAGGAUCUGCGGCGGAUGGGGCGGCAGAUGGAUCGGUGCCUGCUAGUGGAUAAUUCACCCGUGUCCCUGGCCCUCUGCCCAGACAAUGGCGUCGUGGUCUCCAGCUGGACAGCGGAGGAUCCGGAGGACAACGAGCUCAUGGAGCUGCUGCUGAUGCUGCAGCAGUGCGAAGAAGAGGUCUCCGUUCCCAAGUUCCUCGGCCAGCGGUAUGGCUUGCGAGCCAUGGUCGACCUGCUGCGGCGCCGACCGGAGCUGCUGGAAGACUAA